CCUCCCUUUUUCCUCUUUACUGUGUGUGUGUGUCUCUCUCUCCUCUCUCUCUCUCUCUCUCUCUGCCUGUGUUUCUUUCACUUCUUCGAGCCACUCUCUCUCUUUUUCUCUCGGACAAAGUUCCCUGGUAGCAUUUGUUUUUGUUCUUUUCUUUUUUCCUUGGUCUGCUCAAUCGGGUUGAAAGAGAGAGGGAGUAUUCCAAGGAUGUCUUCUUCCUGAUCUCUCUGCGUGUUUUUUUUUUUUUCUCCUUCUGUUUUUGCUUUGUUGCUGCUGAGUUUCUCGCAUAGAGGAGGGGUGUGGGAGACCCUCUCCAUGAAUGCGUCAAAGGGAUGAUGAAGAGGGGAGAGGACGAGCUAGAGGAGGUCGUGGUGUCGAACUCGGAGGCAUCCACCACACGGCGGCCCCAGACGGCCAAGAGGGUGACGCCCACCACCUACCUUUUCCCCGCUGCCGCUGCAGCCGCCAUCACCACCAUCGACCACCUGAACGCCACCAUCGCAGCCGCCGGCGAAGCUCCGUUGCAGACUCGGGUCGUGGAGAGGGUGCUUCCCAAUGGGGACAUCUACUCGGGGGCGUUCUCGGGGAGCCUCCCUCAUGGCGUCGGCAAGUACGUCUGGUCCGACGGGUGCAUGUACGAAGGCGAGUGGCGUCACGGAAAGACCUGUGGGAAGGGCAAGUUCUCGUGGCCCUCCGGCGCCACCUACGAGGGGGAGUUCAAAUCCGGCUUUAUGGAAGGCUACGGCACCUUCACCGGCGCCGGUGGAGACACCUACAGGGGAAUGUGGUCGGGGAACCAGAAGCACGGGUCCGGCAAGAAGAUCUACGCAAAUGGAGACGUCUACGAGGGCUGCUGGAAGAGGAAUUUGCAGGACGGGCGCGGGAGGUACGUCUGGAAAAACGGAAACCAAUACGUCGGAGAAUGGCGUUCCGGAGUCAUCUGGGGAAAGGGGGAACUCGUCUGGGCAAACGGAGACCGGUACAGAGGGCGGUGGGAGAAUGGCUUCCCGACAGGGAAGGGGGAGUUUACGUGGGCCGAUGGGAGCGUCUACCGCGGAAAUUGGAGCCGCGAUCCCAAGCACCAGAGCGGCGUGUUCUACCCGGCGACACUGCAUCGCCGGAACUCGAGCUCCGGAUUCGCGGAAUGCCGGAGCCUUAGUGUCGAUAGUGGUGUAGGUGGGGUGAUGGGGAUGUCGAGGAAGAGGUCGUCAGCUGAUGGGAGGUUUAGCCGGAACUUCGACAGAAUCUGCAUUUGGGAUUCAGAUGGGGAGGCCGGAGAUAUCACAUGCGAUAUCAUUGACGGGAACUCUGUGUUUUGGAAAGGAGAUGGUGGUGGUGGAGGUGGUCUUGGGUACCUCAGGAGGGUCACCCCCGGAAGGUUCUCCAGCGAAGCUAAGAAGCAAGGCCAGGCCAUAUCAAAAGGACACAAGAAUUAUGAAUUGAUGCUGAAUCUGCAAUUGGGCAUAAGAUAUUCGGUGGGGAAAUCCUCAGCAUCACGAAUGCUGGAUCUGAGACCAGCGGAUUUUGAUCCGAAUGAGAGGGUCUGGAUCAGAUUCCCGCCGGAGGGAUCCAAGACUACUCCUCCACACCAGUCCGUUGAGUUUAGAUGGAAAGAUUACUGCCCCGCUGUUUUCAGGCACUUGCGUCACCUUUUCAAGAUUGAUCCAGCUGAUUACAUGCUGUCUAUUUGUGGAAAUGAUGCUCUUCGAGUUCUUUCAUCUCCUGGAAAAAGCGGCAGUUUCUUCUACCUUACCCAUGAUGACCGCUUCAUGAUAAAGACUGUGAAAAAAUCAGAAGUGAAGGUUCUUCUUCGAAUGCUUCAUAGUUAUUACUAUCACAUCCAGGAGUACGAGAAUUCUCUUGUAACCAAGUUCUAUGGUGUUCAUUGUGUGAAGCCUGUUGGUGGUCAGAAGGUUCGCUUCAUUGUCAUGGGAAAUUUGUUCUGCUCAGAGCAUCGCAUACAUAGACGAUUUGAUCUGAAGGGUUCCUCAUAUGGACGUUCUACUGACAAGCCCGAGGGGGAGAUUGAUGAAACUACCACCCUCAAAGACCUUGAUCUUAACUUUGUCUUCCGUCUUGAAAGACAUUGGUUCCAGGAACUACUAAGGCAAGUUGACAGAGACUGCCAAUUUUUGGAGACUGAGCGGAUCAUGGACUACAGUCUUUUGGUGGGUCUUCAUUUUUGUGAUCCUUUCACUGCCAAGACAGACUUCUUGAAGGAUUCCUUUAGUUCACCUUGCAAGGAGAGAACAGAUCUUUCUUGGUUUCAGGAGGAUAAAAAUCGAUUUCAGGCUGCCUGUAAGCCAUUGGUAAGGCUCGGUGCAAAUAUGCCUGCUAGGGUGGAGCAGGUGGUCCGGAGAAGUGAUUUUGAGUAUAGUCAAUCAAAUGGUUGUGGUUCUCCUGGGGCCCAAGUGUAUGAUGUGAUUCUGUAUUUUGGAAUAAUUGACAUACUUCAAGACUACGAUAUCAGCAAGAAACUGGAGCAUGCCUACAAGUCUUUCCAGGUCGAUCCUAUCUCAAUAUCGGCCGUGGAUCCAAAGCUGUAUUCAAAAAGAUUCAGGGACUUCAUUAGCAGGAUCUUCAUGGAGGACUACUGAUUUCAAUCACUGGCUGAUCUAGGAAUGGGAACCAUGAGUGGACAUUGAAGACAAGCCAGCGGGCCCAGCAUUGGCAGGACGCACAGAGCGGACAGGAUGGAAUCAUAUGGCUAAAGGGAAAGAUUGAGGUGAUUCAUCUUUCAUCUCGUCGGUUGCAGGAGGCAGGAUGGCCCCAUGGUCAUUGAGAGGAGGCAGUGUUUAUUUGUGACAGAAUGAAAUUCAAAUACGAUGACGUGGUUGGUUAGCUGCUUAAGAAAAUACACUGGCUGGAUUUUGAGGACUCGGCCUGUGGGGAUGCAUUGGAAAAGUUUUUGUAAAUUCAGAUGGUGGAAUUGGCAUUGAUUGUUUUGUUUUUGUUUUUUUUUUCUUUGUUACCCAAAUUCAGGAUUUGGGGCAGGAAUUGAAAUAAUUGUACAGUUAGAAAGAGAGAGAGAGAGAGAAGAGAACUUGAAGAUACGAAUUCAAGGUUGGAAGAAAGGAAAAGAAAAAAACCAAAGAGAGAAUGAAGUGUAUCUCUGGUUAGUCUGAUUAUUUUUUAUUUUGUUUUUGGCUUUUCCUUGGUGGUGGGGACUGAAUGUGUUGAAUUUUGCUUUUACAGUGCCUUACUGCAAAGUUGGUGGUGAGGGGUGUGAGAAAAGGAUUUGGGCAAGGAAGCAUUAAAAGGAGAGAAAAGCACAAUCCGGAGAGAGAGAGAGAGGGAGAGGUCUAUUGUGUAAUGACUAAUGAGGCUUCAUUCUAUUGUAUGUAUACAUGCAUUAUUAUUUUUUA